AUGCACCCCCGACUUCGCCAGUCAGGAGUGACUCUCAGCCAGCGGUGUCAAACAGAAGGGUUUAUUAGUCAUCUGAAACACAGCAUCGAGCAGAAUCUUAACCACCCUGAUGUUGCAAAGCAGCUAGCCACAUGCCCCUUUAAUGCCCGCCAUCAGGUUCCCAGAGCUGAGAUCGGCCAUCAUAUAUCAAGCUGUGAUGACAAAAGCUGCAUUGAGCAAGACAUUGUGAGUCAGUCGAAUAACUGCCACAGAGAGAAGAUGAGCACUGUCAGUAUGUGGCAGCCGUCCCCAUGUGACGAAGACUGGGAUAAAGAUCUACAGGAGCAAACAAAUUCUACGUUCGUUUGGGGCACGUUCAAUAGCGGCAUAAACAACAGCCCUGGGUCCAGCGUAGUGAUGGAACCAAAGAAUAAGCUAAUGCCAGGCAUGAGAGCACCCAAGUCCUUGCCAUAUAGCCUAUCCUGGAAAAGCAGUAAGUGCAAAGGCAGGUGGUCUCCCCCUGCUGUAAGUUGGGACCUACAUGUUAGCUCAAAGUGGAACAGGACAACUUUCCUCUGUAUUUUGAUUCCACGUGUCAGCAUUCUCCUGCAUAAACUGAAAUGCAUUUAUUCCCACCAUCAGCAAGUGGAGAUGGAGAGCUCUGUAACACAGUCCUCCCUAGAAGCAGCUGCAUUUCUGUGGUGGGUGGAGUGUCUUCUGUGUCCAGGUUUUAUUUCGCUGUAG